AUGGAGAGGGACUCCGAACCGUCGCAAGCGCAACCAACUCCUGAAGAGCCCGUCCAGUCGAUUGAGAGCGAUUGCAAGGAAAACGGCGUCGCCAGCGCCAUCGCGGAUGAACAAUGGAAACACAUGAUGGAUGUUGUCUUGGCCAUCUAUGAGGUUCGAGAAGCAGAUGGUCAUGACCCUUCGAGACUCUUCCACCGCAGCGUCAACAAACGCAAUGUUCCCGAUUAUUACGAUAUUAUCAAAGAGCCUAUGGCUCUUAGCAUCCUGAAGGCAAAGAUAAACAAGCGGGAGUACAAGAGCGUCUCUGAGUUCGUGCGAGAUUGCGCCCUGAUCCCCCAUAAUGCACAAACCUACAACCGGCCUGACUCCCAGGCAUACGAGGAUUCGCUCGUGAUCAAAGAUGCCUUCGUUGAUGAAUUGCAGAAGCUAGUCAAAGCAGGUGUCAUCACUGCGGAAGAGGCUGAACUGCCGGACUUGGGUGAAAUUCCGGAGCCGGAUCCUUUGCCAGAGGACGACGACGACGACGACGACGACGAAGAUGAAGAUGAUGACGAUGAUGACUCGGAUGACGAAGGCCGCAAAAGAAAGAAGAGGGGUCCUCGCCCCGGGUCCAAACGAGACGGCAUUAAAGAUGACGGGAGUAAAUCUGCGGAUCCCGAGCAAAGGAAAAGGCGAGGCCGUCCUCCACGUGUCGAUACACCGAUGGAAGCCAGAAUCAAGGCGGUCUUGAAGGGGAUCCGGAAAUCAAAAGGGCCUGGGAACCAACUAAAAGUUCGACAUUUUGAGCGCCUUCCCGACAAGGGCGUAUACCCGGACUACUACAUCGAAAUAAAAGAACCUGUUGCGAUCGAUAUCAUCAAGCGGAAGUCGAAGCGGAAGAAGUAUAACUCAGUGGACCAUUUCAUGAAGGAUAUGGACCUAAUGUUCAACAACGCGAAAGCCUACAAUCAAUCCGAGAGUCAGAUCUACAAGGAUGCGGUAGACCUUCAAGUGGAAGCAAGAAGGCUUGCAGAUCUUGAGAAGAAGAAACCCGACAGCGAAUAUCUAAUGGAAGACGGUCGCCUACCACUUCCCGACGGCAUUCUUUACAAGGGGGAACUGUGGAAGGUUGGCGAUUGGGUGCAUAUUCAGAACCCUAAUGAUGUAACCAAGCCAAUUGUGGCGCAAAUCUACCGGACCUGGCAGGACUCUGAGGGCGAGAAAUGGAUUAAUGCCUGCUGGUACUAUCGCCCGGAGCAAACGGUUCACCAUUAUGAAAAGCACUUCUACCCCAAUGAGGUUGUCAAGACGGGCCAAUACCGAGAUCAUCGAAUCGAUGAGAUUGUUGACCGUUGCUUCGUGAUGUUUUUCACACGGUACAAUCGCGGAAGGCCCAGAGACUUUCCUCUCGAUAAAGAAAUCUAUGUGUGUGAGGCUCGGUACAAUGAGGAAAAACACAAACUUAACAAAAUAAAAACAUGGGCCAGUUGCCUCCCCGAUGAAGUCCGUGAGAAGGACUACGAGAUGGAUUUGUAUGACGUUCCUCGCAGGAUCAAGAAAAUCCCCAGUCCGAUCAAACACCUCCUCAAAAGUGAUGCGAAAGAGACAGAUGACCUACCAAAGCCAACAUGGGGGGCAGAAAAUGCACCCCCAGUAGUAGGUGCAGUUCACUGUCGUCCUCGAGAUGAAAACGAAUCUCCACCUCCAGAGCCAACUCCUUCACCACCUCCCGCAAAUAUUCCUUCAUCGGCUCUACCGCCAGUUCCUAGACAAGCAUCGAUGAGCCAGGCGCCCACACAGCCCGUUAUGAACAGUCCUGCCGCACUUAUAGCCGCGGCGAGUCCCGUUGCGGUGCGUUCGCCCGCUGCACAUAUCGGAACUGUUCAACGUUCUCCAGUCCCAGUUCCUCCCAUUUCUUAUCAUCAAUCUCAGGUCCCCUACCAGCCAGCCCUACAGCAAAGACGCUCAAGCGGACUUGUGGCUCAGAGUCCAAUGCCAGGGGCUUAUCAAGGACCGACUACUCCUCUACCAUAUGCUGUCUCUCAGGGUCCACAAUACACGCCAUAUCAAAUGAGCCGUGCGCCAGGAGCUCCUACUGUGUACAAUCCUAACGCUCCCCGGCCAAUUGAAGUGUUCCAUCUAAGCGACACCGCCAAUGCGGCCAUCCCAGCGGAUAUCCGUGACCAAUUCCACUGCGAUGACCACGGGCAUGUGCUUUUCUUCUCUUGCGCGCCUUUGGAUAUGGGGUCAAUGGCUCAGCAAAAACUAGGCCACUCGCUAAAGUACCUUGCCGCGAAGGAGGAGCGCCGGAAACUUGUUGAGGCCAAGAAACGCAAGGAAAGAUCUGAGAAAGAGGAACGAGAGCGAGGUAUCAAACGGCGGCGCGCCGAUGAGCAAACAGCUCUCGUGGCGCAAACAGAAGUCGCGGCCGUAAAAGCUGUUGACUUCAUGACAAAGGAUAUCAUCAACGGCACGAACCAGAUCUACAAGGCUUUGUAUCAGGGCCGGGCCGAGGCGGCUCGACAAGCGGACAUCAAGGCUCGUGAGCAACGAAUCCUAGCAGAUCGUGCCAUUCGAGCAAAGGUAGCGCAUAUCCAAGGGGGCUCAACCAGGGCAACAUUCGUUAGUCUCAAAGGCAGUGGGAUAUACCUAGAUGAGACUGACCCCGCCGCCUAA